UGAAAUUUGUUUCCGAAGAAAGAUAGGAAAGACAAGUUAAAAUGGUGAACAUUUACCGCCGCGCCCAAAGCGAACGCGUCCCUGCUGGCAGUUCGCCAAAGGCGGAGGUAGGAGAGAUCGAUACCAGAGCGCCGUUUCAGUCCGUCAAAGCCGCCGUUAGUUUAUUCGGUGAAGUUGCCGUUACCAAGGAACGUCGCACUCCCAGAAAAUCAAGAAUUUCAGCGGAGAAUGUUAUAGACAAGGAGACACAGCUUCUUCUAGCUGAGAAAGAAUUCAACAAUAUCAAGCAAAAGCUAGAGAGCGAUGAAGCCACAAAGGCUAAAGCAGAUAGUGAACUUGAAAGCGCAAAGCAAACAUUACAGGAAUUGUCUGAGAAACUUAAAGUAGUAAUCGAGUCGAAGCAAUCCGCAAUCGAAGCAGCCGAAGCAGUCAAGCAACAUGGCACUGAAUUCGACCCCUCGAAAUCGCAACACAGCCAAGAAUACGAAGCGUGGAAAAAAGAAAUCGAAUCGGCUAGGGAGCAAUACCUCGCCGUCGCAUCCGAGCUCGAUGCCAAGAAGCAAGAGCUGAAUAAAAUCAGGCAGGAUUUCGACUCGGCGUUGGAAGUCAAGUUGGCGGCGUUCCAACAGGCGGCCGAAGCACAGCUUUCGGCUAAGAUGCAUUCGGAAAGGGUCGCCGAGCUCACGAAACAAAUUGCGGCCAUGAAGGAAGCUAUCAAGCAAGUGAAAUUCGCUACGCAACAAGUGCACAACGAGCAAGAGGCUAUUGCAGCAGAGAGAGAGAUAUUGAAAAAAUCUUACGAGGCUGCUAAGGAGGAAGCCGAAAAGAAAUUGAGUGCUUCGAGGGAAGUGUAUGAUCCCGAGUUAACCAAGUCUCUCGAACAGAAGCUAAUGGAAACUACGGCCGAGGUCGAAGCGUUACAAGAAGAGAUGAAGAAGGUCCAUGCUAUAGAAAUGGAUUCUGUUAGACUUUUAACUUCGGAGCUUAACGAAGCUACGACGACGCUGCAAAUGGUGGCCGAUGAAGAGUGUUCUCUUCGGAAUUUAGUGAGCUCCAUUAGGGUGGAACUUGAAGAGGUGAAGAUGAAACAAGCACAACAAAAUGAAAUUAAGGCAAACAAAGAGGCUGAAGGGGAAUCUCUUAAUGGUGAUCAUAAUGUUAGGCUGCAACAGCUUCUAUUAGAAGCCGAGAUUGCAAGAAAAGAAGCUGAAGAGAUGAAGAAGAUUAUCGAAACGCUGAUGAAAGAAGGCCAAGUGGCGGAAAUGACAGUGAUGGAGGUGAAGGAAAAGCUAGAUUAUGCAUUGGAACAGGCUGAAGAGGCGAAAGCAGCAGAGAAGAAAGCGCUCGAUGAAAUGCGAGUAUUAGAAAGGGGGAUCGAUGACGGAAAGAUAAGGCUUUCCAAGGAGGAAUAUGAAGCACUGCAAAAGAGAAUAGAGGAAUAUGGGAAUAUUUCAGAGCAUAAAAUAGCCAUUGCAAUGGCAGAGCUGGAAGCGAUAUCACAAAAAAAUGAAACGGAUGAGAAGGUGGAAGAAAACUUGAAAGCGAUGGAGGAAAUCAAGACAGCGACAGAGUUCGCGGAGAAGUCAGCAACUAUGGCAGAGGCAGCGCAGAAUGUGAUCGAAGGUGAACUUAGAAGACGGCGUCAACAAGAAGAGGUAGUUGCUGCAUCUUAACACUUAAAAAGGCCGCUGCAGCUUCCUCGACUCGGACUCUGUAUCGUCUCACAGCCACCGAUUAUUUCCACAGCUUAACUCAC